CCACCAAAUUGAAGCCCGUCUGUAGAUGACAGCGGCUCACAUCAGCUUAAUAUUUAAACGGCCAAUGCCAGGAUUCUUCCUUAGAUUCGUACAUUGAGUGACCGAGGAACUUGCAGCUAAGUUCAGACAAAGAAAACAUCAUGCAAAAACUCGUCAUAGCUGUGUUCGUCGUCUUAUCACUUGUUCUUCUCGAGGUCACGUGUCAAGACGCCAUGCUGGCCCCGCCCAACAGGCCCAGCGAGUUCAAGAGCCCGGAUCAACUGCGACAAUACUUGAAGGCCCUUAACGAGUAUUACGCAAUUGUCGGAAGACCGAGAUUUGGCCGAAGCGCACACAGACGAUCAAUCAACGACAAUAUAUUCGGAUCAUUGGACAAGAAUGAAUAGAACUUGAAGAGUUCCAAGAUACAGAUUACUGGCUGUGGGACUACUCGUGAAUUCCAGGGAACGACGUUGUCAUGGAAACGGGGGAGAUAACUCGAUGUCAUAUUAAUAAAAACAGACAAGUGUUCGCCAUUAUUGAAACAAUUCUCGUUUGUGGUUUCCACCUUCUUUGAGAUUUCCUGAAUAAAACACUCAUUAUCUUGGAAGUGAAACCUAGAACGCGAAAACAAACAAAAACAAAAACAGACAGAGAAGAAACUCGUGAAUUUUGAAACGCCAGGUCGUUCGCCAAGCAAAGUCCAAACGUUUUUUGUAUUAUUGGAAAUUAAUAAAA